GGUUAACCAUCUUCACACAAUCAAAUCAAGCUAGUUCGCAAUGGCUUCCACUACCAAUUCCCCAUCAACCCUCCUCACCCUUCCUAAUUUCUCCAUUCAAACUUCAACAUUCCUUCCCAAAACAUCUCAAGGUUCCAUAUUUAAGAAGAAAAAGCCUUUCAACUUUAACUCCAAAAGAGUAGUGUCAUGCAAAGCCAGCAAUGGGAAACAAAACGAUGCAGAUCACACUUCUUUUCUCAAUAGGUUCGAUAGAAGGGACAUCCUCCUUGGCCUUGGAGGAAGUCUCUACGGUGCAACCAGCCUUGUUAGAGACCCAUUUGCAUUGGCAGUCGUCCCAAUUGAGCCUGACCUGUCCAGCUGUGGGGAAUCAACCGUAGAUGCCGGUACAACCUGCAUGAAUGUCCCUUGCUGCCCACCAAAGUUAAAAGAUUCAAAGAUCAUAGACUUCGAACCACCUUUAGGUUGCAAGAUCCGUUAUCGGCCGGCAGCACAUUUAGUUGAUCGUGAUUACCUGUAUAAAUUUGAAUCGGCAAUGGAGAGAAUGAAAGCUCUCCCUGUGGAUGAUCCACGUAAUUUCAUGCAACAAGCCAAUAUUCAUUGUGCCUAUUGCAAUGGGGCUUAUAGUCAAGUGGGGUUCCCCGAUCAAAAACUUGAAGUUCACUACUCGUGGCUUUUUUUCCCAUUCCAUAGGAUGUAUCUGUAUUUCUUUGAGAGGAUAUUGGGCAAGUUGAUUGGUGAUCCAGAUUUCGCAAUGCCAUUUUGGAACUGGGAUUCUCCCUGUGGGAUGACUAUGCCUCAGAUAUAUUUAGACCCUUACUCUCCAUUGUACGAUGAAAACCGCAAUUUGGAGCAUCAGCCGGACGUUUUGGUUAAUCUUAAUGACGGUAAAUCUUUUGUAAAACCAAAAAAAAAGGAUGAUUUUUAUGAAUUAGCAAAGAGGGAACAAAUAAAUAGUAAUCUCUAUGUGAUGUAUCAGCAAAUGGUACGGUCCGCCAAGACCGCUUCUUGUUUCCAUGGAGCGGCGUACCUUGGCGGUUGUGUAUCCGAAACCGAUAUCGGUUGUACUCCCGAACCGAGAGGUGGUACCAUUGAGAACGGUGCUCAUAUCGCCGUUCACAAGUUCGUUGGUGCCAAGAAUCCACCUUAUAACGAAGACAUGGGGAAUUUCUAUUCUGCUGGUAGAGACCCUUUGUUCUACGCUCAUCAUGGCAAUGUUGAUCGAAUGUGGAACAUUUGGAAGACAUUGCCAGGGAAGAAGCGACAUGAUUUCAACGAAAAUGUUUGGCUUAAUUCUUCGUUUCUUUUCUACGAUGAGAAUGCAAAUAUGGUUCGUGUUAAAGUUCGCGAUUGCCUUGACUCUAAAACUUUGGGGUACGAUUACCAAAGUGUUGAUAUUCCAUGGCUUAGAAGCAAGCCAACACCUCGAAGGAGUCGUCCUGGUGUGGGGCGGGGUCAGGAUCGGGGUCAGGAUGUAGCAGCCAGACGAAAGAGUAAAAACCGCAGGGGUUUUCCUAUAGUUUUAGACAAGGUGGCCGUGCGCAUUGAGAUUCCAAGGCCAAAGAAAUCAAAGAAAAAAGAUGAUGAAGAAGUAUUGGUUCUUCAAAACAUACAGCUAGACAGAAAUGACUCAGUGCAAUUCGAUGUCUCCAUUAAUGACGACGAAGACGACGACAACCCUUGCAAACCGGAAGAUGCGGAGUUCGUGGGGAGCUUUUCGAAUUUACCGCACGGAGAUAAUUGCCACUCCGAGACGAUGCUUAGUACAAAUCUGUAUUUGCCAUUAUCAGAAGCGCUGGAGGAUUUGAAGAUUAAUCCAUUUGAAGAUAGCAUUGUGGUGACUUUGGUGCCUAAAGAAGGGGAAGUUUCGAUUGGUAACAUUAAGAUCGACUACGUUUGUUGAUUUGGGGGUGAAUAUUUUGCUUCAUCCUUUGUGUUCUCGCUAGAUCGGAUUGAUGGGGUUCAUUAAUUUGUUUCUUGCAUGUGUCUCUUUUUUUUUUAAUAAAAAUAUCAAGCUAAAUGAACAAAA